CUCAGUUUUAUACAUUGCGCUGUAGCGACUGGAUGUCGAAACUGCCAAAGACAUUUUCAUCAAACAAAGUUUGAGAUAUAAUUAAACGUGCCCGCCAAAUUGGAGCAUAAGCCUUUAAAACAAAAACAAACAUGUUUCAAAUGGCUUUUGUGUUAUUUUGUGGAUUGUUUAUUGUUAUUAUUGGCUUAGGCUGUGCACAAGUUGCCUAUGUGGAGGACGCUGACAUCGAUAAGCAGAAAAGUAAUCUGGAGGGUCGCAAGCCGUUGUACUCACCCGCUCGCUGCGCCCGCUACCAACUGCUUUACCCUGGAGAUCAGCCUAAUGACUGGAUAUGCGAUUGCGCACCAGCGGCACUUUAUCACCCAGAAAGCGAUGCUUGUUAUCCAGCAUAUAGACAAGGGCCCUGCAACGACACUCAAAUGCUAGUAUUGUACAAAGAGAAAGUUAUACCCGAGUGCGUUAACAACCCCUGUCGGCAGGAUGGCCAUUUCCUGAUACGCGACAAGUGCUUUCAGUUUGGCAGCACCAAUAACAAUAACAAUCCCUGCCCCAACAAGGAAUAUACCUUUGUACUGGGCGUCAAUCCAAAGACUCUUAUGGUUGAUUGUGUGCAGCUUUCCACUCAGCUGGAAACGCGCAUCUCUUUAGAUUCAGUUGCUCCGCCAGAAUACCACAUUGACUUGGCACAGAAAUGUGGGCGUGGAAGCCGCCUAGUUGCUCAAGGGCGAUGCCCGGCAGCGCCGUAAAAGCGGGCCAAGUCAAUAAAAUACUCAAAACGAUUUUAAAACCAUUUGGCUUAAAGCAACAAUAACAAUUACUUAUGUAUAUG